AUUCUGCUGUCAAACGUGAAAACGGAUCGUUGCACUUUUGUCAAAGAAACGCUGAAAAUCCCGUAAAAAUAAACGUUUUCUAUGGAUUUAGACUAAUUUAACAUCCUGUACUUAUUAAAUAAAAUAAUGUUUUGGAGCGGGAACUUUAUUGCAGUUAGGGAGUUAAAUAUUCUUCUCAAAGAAGAGAAUGUGACCCUAACGCAGGUGCUAGAGGCAGACGACAUCCUGCAGGAGUGUAAAGCCGACAACAAAGCGCUCACAUUGUUUCUCACAAGGCCAGAAAUCCUGGCAGAGCUGAUAACGCUCAUCACUGAGGAACCACCAAAGGAUGUGGAGCUGGCGUCACAGUACCGGCACGCCAGCGUGGCCUGCGAGGUGCUCACCAGCCACCUGUCCAUGCUCAUCGACCGGCUGUCCACCGACGCCGUGCAGAUGAACCGACUCUGUGACUUCAUCAACAGACCUCCACCUCUGAACCCUCUGCUGGCAUCGUAUUUUAGUAAAACUAUUGAAAUGCUGCUGGAAAGAAGUCCAAAGCAGGACUGGUACCUCUACCACAUCACGUGCCUGUGCGUGCUGGACUUCCUGAAGGCCCGGCGGGACUUCCUGCCCAACCUGCUGCGGCACAUCGCCACCUCUGCCAUCGCCGACACCUUCAAGUACUUCAUACGACUCGAUGACCUGUUCAACAAGGUUGUUAUGGAGUGGCUAGAAGAGCACCAGUUUCUGGAAUCACUGAUCCAGGUGAUCUGUGGAACUUACUCCCCUGGCGAGAUCACGCCCGCCUACUGGUUCGGUAUACCGCCAGUUCGCGAUCAGACCAUUCCACGCGAACAAGGCAACCAGGAACAAGGCAAGAUGCAGGAACAAGUCAACCAGGAACAAGGCAAUACGGAGGAACAAGGCAAGGCGCAGGGCAAUACGAGUGACCAAACUGUCGAGAGUGAUCAAAGCAAGCCGAGUGAGGAGUCUACGGAGCAACCAGCCGGCGCAGUGGGUGAUGGAGAGAAAGUGGAUAAGGUUGAGGAAGUACCAUCAGCAGCAAAGCCAGAAAACCAAGAGCCCGCUGAACCUCCGGAGCCUACACCUUCGAAUCCAACAGUCGAUACGGCUCCCAACACGUCCGAAGCGAUUACUUCCACAUCUUCGACUGAAGCGGAAAAACGGUUUCUGAUGGAGUGGCGGAAACCGUAG